AUGGCAGAGAGGAUCAUUGUGUGUGAAAUGACUGAUGAUAUGAGAGAUGACGCAAUAAAAGAAGCAAGAAUUGCAGCUGAACAGAAAGAAAGUGAAAAGGAAAUUUCGCAAGCUAUCAAAAAGUUCUUUGAUAAUAAGUACUCCCCAUGCUGGCAUUGUAUUGUUGGGAAAAGCUUUAAUGGCUAUGUCUCUUACCAAACGAAGCACUUUAUCUUCUUCUAUGUCAAACAAAUUGCAGUCCUCCUAUACAAAAUGGGAUAA